AUAGAAUGCACGUGCAGCACACGUGUUCCAGAACUAGUAUAUAUGGUUAAUGCUGAUUGAUUUGUAAGAAGAGAACAUCCAUCCUGUUAUUUGCUGAAAACAAACCAACAAAAAAAAUGGUCAUGAGUCUGUUUUUCUAUUAUUCAUUUAUCUGUUUUGUGUUGCUAAUAAGUCUGUGCUUUUCGUCUUCCUUUGAUCAUCAUCUUUGCUCUCCCACUGAAGCUUCCGCUUUGCUUCAGUUUAAGCAAUCCUUACAAGUUAAAUCCGACUACUCCCUGUGUGAUACUUCUUUCCCAAAAACAAAGUCUUGGAAUGAGAGUAAAGAUUGUUGUACUUGGGACGGAGUUACUUGUGACGUGUUAACCGGUCAUGUUAUUGGCCUGGACCUUAGUUGUAGUCAGCUUGUUGGCAAUUUUCAUCCCAAUAGCAGUCUCUUCCAACUUCAUCAUCUGCAGACACUAAAUCUUGCUUACAAUGACUUUUAUCCUUCUUUGAUCCCACAUAACAUUGGCCGAUUGACGAAUUUGAGGCAUCUCAACCUUUCUUAUUUUACCUUCGAUGGGAAAAUCCCAACAGAAAUCUCAUACCUUUCUAAUUUGGUUUCCCUUGAUCUUUCUUAUGGUUUUGGAUUACAACUUAAUGAGAGAACAUUUGAGGCAAUGCUUCACAACUUCACAAAUCUGGAGCUACUUUCUCUCUUUCUUGUCAACAUCUCUUCUCCGAUACCUGUCAAUAUCUCUUCUUCCUCCUUAAGGUACGUUGAUCUUUACGAUACUAAUCUGCAAGGUGCUCUCACGGAGAACUUUUUCCUUCUGCCAAACUUGGAAAUGCUCUAUUUGAGUAACAAUGAUCUUCUCAAAGGAGUUUUUCCAAAGAUCCACCCAAGCAGAACUCUGUUGGAGUUGAGUAUUGCAUACACUGGCAUCUCCGGUGAGAUUCCUGAUUCAAUUGGCACCUUGAGUUCAUUGAAAUACUUAAACCUCCAACAAUGUCAAUUCUCGGGUUCCAUUCCAGAUUCCGUUGGCAACCUAACCGAAAUUAGGGAGUUGAUUUUAUCUCAUAAUCUUUUCACUGGCCAUAUUCCUUCAACAAUCUCUAAAUUGAAACAGCUGACAAGUUUGGAUCUUUUAUCCAACUCUUUUUCAGGUGAAAUUCCAGACGUUUUCUCUAACCUCCAAGAGCUACGUCAUUUAGAUCUUUCUAAAAACAGAUUCAUCGGUCCAUUUCCCUCUUCAAUUUUAAGUUUGACACAUCUUGAAUACUUAGGAUUGUCGAGUAAUUCCCUAUCUGGCCCACUGCCUAGCAACGCAGGCAUGCUUCCAAACCUAACCGAGCUGGAUUUUUCAUACAACUCACUGAAUGGUACCAUACCAUCUUGGGUAUUUAGCCUACCUUUGCUAUCUUCAGUGUCGCUCCAACAUAACCGAUUCAGAGGACUAACCGAUGAAGUGAUCAAAGCAAACCCAACAUUAAAAGACCUGCAUUUAAGCCAUAAUCAACUCAGUGGUUCUUUUCCUCAAUCACUUGUGAAUCUCACAAAUCUUGUAACCCUUGGAAUUUCAUCAAAUAACAUCACCGUUGAUGAGGGAAUAAACAUCACCUUUCCUAGCCUAUCAUCUUUGUUCUUAUCAUCUUGUGAACUGAAGGAUUUUCCACAUUUCUUGAGAAAUGUAAAGACACUGACGGUGCUGGAUAUUUCUAACAAUAAGAUUCAUGGUCAAAUCCCUGACUGGUUUAGCGGUAUGAAGUGGGACUCAUUGCGGUUUCUGAACCUUUCAUAUAAUUCAUUAACAGGCUACCUACCACAAUUGCAUUUCCAUAAUCUAGGGUAUCUUGAUCUGAAAUUUAACUCCCUUCACGGUCCACUACCUUCAUCCAUUUGUAACAUGAGCAAUCUUAGCCUUUUAGAUUUAUCACACAACAACUUCAGUGGCUCGAUUACACAUUGCUUGGGCAGCAUGGUUGAGCUAUCCGUGCUAGACUUAAGAAGAAAUAAUUUCAUUGGGAGUCUUCCACCGUUUUGUGCACACAGCACUUUAUUGAGUACCAUUCUUGUAAAUGGUAAUCGAUUUGAAGGAACUGUUCCAAUGUCAUUACUCAACUGUUUUCGUUUAGAAAUCUUUGAUGUGGGUAACAACGCUAUAAAUGACACAUUUCCAGCUUGGCUCGGAAUGCUUCAAGAGCUGCAGGUCCUUAUAUUGAAGUCGAACAAGUUCCAUGGACAUUUAAGUAGUAGGAAGAAGUUUUACUUUCCCAAGUUGCGGAUUUUUGAUCUCUCUUGUAACAAAUUUAGCGGCUCACUACCUGCAAGACUUUUUGAGAACUUCAGUGCGAUGAUUAAAUUAGAUGACGGAGACAAAGGUGAGAUCAAAUAUAUGGAACAAUUGAGUGAAUAUUCGAUGUAUGAAGAUUCAGUGAGUUUGGUGAUCAAAGGCCAUGAUAUUGAGCUAGAAAGAAUCAACACUAUUAUGACAACGAUAGAUCUCUCAAGCAACCAUUUUGAAGGUGUCAUUCCGAAAUCACUAAAGGAUCUCAGCUCACUUCGGUUACUCAAUUUAUCCCGUAACAAUCUCAAAGGUGAUAUUCCAAUCGAAUUGGGACAAUUGAAUGUGCUUGAAGCAAUGGAUCUCUCCUGGAAUCGGCUCACUGGAAAUAUUCCGACUGAAUUGACAAGACUAAAAUUUCUAGCAGUCUUAAACCUCUCUCAGAAUGUUCUUGUCGGUCCGAUUCCUCAAGGUCUACAAUUCAACACAUUUUCGAAUGACUCGUAUGGUGGAAACCUUGAUUUAUGUGGUCUUCCUUUAUCCAAGCAAUGUGGAACGAGCGGUUCAUCACAUGUUCCUCAACCAUCAGAGUCGUAUUUUUUUAGUGGAUUUACGUGGGAAUCAGUAGUCAUAGGCUAUAGCUGUGGACUAGUUGUUGGAACUGUCAUGUGGAGUUUCAUGUUUAAAUAUCGUAAGCCAAUAUGGUUUGUUGAGUUUUUCGAUGGACUCAUGCCUCACAAAAGAAGAAGGACAAAGAAGAGAGCUCUGAGACGACGGACUUAAUGGAAGAUUGAGAGGGCCAACUUGUCUUUGUUUGAUUUUGUGGACUAAUUACUGAACUGUUCUGUUUUAUCAUUUUUAAUUUUCUAUUUGUUGUUUAUUAGAAAAAUAAUUAUAUGUGUGUUAUUUUACUAUCAAUGGUUAUUCAAGUUAUGUUAGUUUGCUUCUGUUU